ACAGCAACCACAAUGCAAGUAACGAGCGCGACAAAUUCGUGACAUAUACCCUCACGACUCCCAGAGCUAAACACAAACCCCUCGCUACAAUGUCAGUCACCCUACAUACAGACGCUGGCCCGCUAAAGAUCGAGAUCUUCUGCGAAGCUGUGCCGAAAACAGCGGAGAACUUCCUCGCCCUCUGCGCAUCCGGCUACUUCGACAACUGCCCCUUCCACCGCAAUAUAGCGGGCUUCAUAACACAGACCGGAGACGGCGAGUUGGGCAACGGAAAGGGCGGGAAGUCGAUAUGGGGCGGGAAGUUCGAGGACGAGAUUAAGCCCGCGCUUAGGCAUAAUGUUCGGGGGGUUGUAAGCAUGGCGAAUUCAGGACCAAAUACAAACGCUAGUCAAUUUUUUAUCACGUAUGGGGCACAUCCGCAUUUGGAUGGGUUGAAUACGGUUUUCGGGAAGGUUAUCGAUGGGGUUGAUUCAACGCUGGAUAAACUUGAAGUUGUGGAGGUGGAUAAGAAGUAUCGGCCAAAGAACCCAGUCAAGAUUCAGAGGGUUACGAUACAUGCUAAUCCUCUCGCUGAUAUCGAUGGCGGGGAUUGAGUGUGAGUCUGUUGCAGUUUGAGGGUAUGGAUGAACUUUUCGGUAAUUUGGGAUGUUUACGGCACAGCUCUUGGGUUGAGGAAGGACAGGGCUCUUAAUGUAGCUAAAGUUAUGGCGCUUGUUGUGGGGCUUGUAUUUCUAGAACAUAUCGUGUCUCUGGCUGUUUAUGCAUAAUACCCGAGUGUUAAUUCUAGAUUGUUGCAUUAUUAUUA